AUGUCUAACAAGAAGGUUGCCCCUAAGGUUGUUGAAAAGGUCACUCUUGGUCCCCAAGUCCGUGAAGGUGAACUCGUUUUCGGUGUUGCCCACAUCUUCGCUUCUUUCAACGAUACUUUCGUUCAUGUUACCGAUCUCUCUGGUCGUGAAACCAUCUCUCGUGUUACUGGUGGUAUGCAAGUUAAGGCUGAUCGUGAUGAGUCUUCUCCUUAUGCUGCUAUGUUGGCUGCCCAACAAGUUGCUGCCAAGUGUAAGGAACUCGGUAUCAACGCCCUCCACAUUAAGCUCAGAGCUACCGGUGGUACUGGUACCAAGACCCCUGGUCCCGGUGGUCAAGCUGCCCUCCGUGCUCUUGCCCGUGCUGGUAUGAGAAUUGGUCGUAUUGAGGAUGUUACUCCCAUCCCCACUGAUUCUACCCGUAGAAAGGGUGGCCGUCGUGGUCGUCGUCUCUAA